UGCGUCGGGGUUCCGAUGACACGGAGACACGCCUCUGACGUCCCGGGUUCCCUGAGCCCCUUUCAGCCUUGGGCCGCUUCGCGCUGGUCAGAGAGUCCCGCCUCUUCCCCCGGGCGCACCACCCAGGGCCCUCCGUGCGCUCAGGCCCCGCCUCUGACGGAGGCCGAGGCGGAGGGUCAGAUCCGGAAGGAAAACAAUCCGGCGAGCGUGAGCCGACCAGGACGUGCUGCCCGACCGGGGCCGGGACACGCGAGCCGGCCGGGCCACCGGGUGGGGACGAUGGAGGCCGUGAGCCCAUGGAAGCGGACCGAACCGAGAGUCAGCCAGCUCAGCAUACAUGUUGUGACGUGGAACGUGGCUUCUGCAGCACCCCCUCUAGACCUCAAUGGUCUGCUUCAGCUGAACAACCAGAACCUGAAACUGGACAUGUAUGUCAUUGGUUUGCAGGAAAUGAACUCUGGGAUCAUGAGCCUUCUUUCUGACACUGCCUUCGAAGACCCAUGGAGCAGUUUCUUCAUGGAUGUGCUUUCCCCUCUGAGCUUCGUCAAGGUCUCCAGUGUCCGCAUGCAGGGGCUCCUCUUACUGGUCUUUGCCAAGCUUCAGCAUUUGCCAUUUAUCCAGAUCCUCUCUACUAAAUCCACCCCCACUGGUCUUUUUGGUUACUGGGGGAACAAAGGGGGUGUCAACAUCUGCCUGAAGCUUUACGGCUACUAUGUCAGCAUCAUCAACUGCCACCUGCCCCCGCACAUGGACAACAAUGACCAGCGCCUGGAGCACUUUGACCGGAUCCUGGAGAUGCAGAAUUUUGAGGGACAUGAUAUCCCCAAUAUCCUGGACCAUGACCUCAUUCUCUGGUUUGGAGACAUGAACUUUCGGAUCGAGGACUUGGGGUUGCACUCUGUUCGGGAAUCCAUAAAAUAUCGAUCCUACAGUACCCUGUGGGAGAAGGAUCAGCUCACCAUUGCCAAGAGACACGACCCGCUGCUCCGGCAGUUCCAGGAGGGCCCCCUGCUCUUCCCGCCCACUUACAAGUUUGAUAAGAACUCCAACAACUAUGACACCAGUGAGAAAAAACGCAAGCCUGCAUGGACUGACCGCAUCCUGUGGAGGUUGAAGCAGCAGCCCCAGGACAGCUCCCACACCCCCAGCCUGCCAGCCCCCAACUUCUCCCUGUCUCUGAGGAGCUACGUCAGCCACAUGAUGUACAGCAUCAGUGACCAUAAGCCUGUCACCGGCACCUUUGAUUUGGAGCUGAAGCCAUUGGUAUCUGCACCACUGAUCACCCUGAUGCCCGAGGGCUUGUGGACCAUGGAGAAGGACGCGUUGAUCAGCUACUCCUUGACCCCAGGCUUCCUCAGCAGCCCCUGGGACUGGAUUGGACUGUAUAAGGUGGGACUGCGCCACAUUAAUGACUACGUGUCCUAUGUCUGGGUCGGGGACAACCAGAUCUCCUUCAGCGUCGGGCUGAACCAGGUAUACAUGGACAUCAGCGAUAUCCCAGAGACUGAGGAUCAGUUUCUCCUCUGUUACUAUAGCAACAGUCUACAUUCUGUGGUGGGGAUAAGCAAACCCUUCAAGAUCUGGCCUCGCUCGCUCUUUGGGGAGGAUCUACUGGAUGAAGCCCAACCACAGUUCUGAGCUGGGACGAGUGAAUCCAGGGCGGAGGCCAGAGCUGGCAGCCAGCUCUGCCUACCACUGCCAGGAGCAUUGGGGACCCAGCCCAGCCCUCUGAAGAGGGAGCAAGUAUCCUCCACCUCCCAGGGGGAGCUCUAGCACACUCCUUUGCUCUCUCCAAUCUAGAUCUCUAGAAUCAGCCUCUUAAAUACAGGUUUUUGGUACUGAGAUGUGAGUGAAACCAGCUAGUUUGUCAACAGUGAAGACUUGUGGACAGUCCACCAGAUGUGGGAAAGACCCUCCAGCCUGCAUCUCAUUUUUUGAUUUUCCCCCCACACACUUCUAGUCCUGCCCAAGCAGGCCUGCCAGGCACAUGCCCCAUCUGGCACAGGCCUGCAUUCUUGUCACGCCAUCCUGGGCCUCAGGCUGCCUGGGAGGGGGAGAUACAUUUGUACAGGCUCCAUAGACUGGUUAGCACAAGCAGCACUGGGUUCCAGGAGUCUUGGCAUUUUGUUGCCUGUCCCCCUGAGGGAUGGGCAGAGGGUCUGGGAUCCUUGCUUUCAGCAGAAGCAGUAUGACUAAGUGGGCAGGAUGAGGGGUCCCUCCACCCAGGCUCUUUGGUAGGGUUGUGGACAGGUUGAUGAGCGUCCUUCUGCCAGCACCCCCUCGCCCCCAUGGAGUAUGAACCAGAAAGUUCCAGGGCCUGAACAGAGAAUUGGACCCAGGUUCACUUCUGCUGGUGGGUCAGGCUCCAUGCCCCCAACCUGCCCUCUUGUGAAGGGUUGGCCAGGUGGUAGAGGAGCUGUGGCCACAGGCUUUUCCAAGAUAGUCCUUGCCCAGCUGAGCUCAUCUGCCUGUACCCUUGCCUGCAGUCAUUGGCCAGAAACCUAUCUAGACUGCUCUGGGACCUAGAGGUGGGGGCAGGCAGAGAGGAGAGCCAGAAUCAAGACAUUUUGGAGAAUCUGGCACUGGGGGUCUUCAGAGAGCAUUCUCCAGGUGCUGCGUGGACAAGGUCUGUCCCCACUCCCACCACUUGCCUCCAGCCACUGGUGACUCAACAGCCCUUCUCGCAGGAGAAGACACCUCAGGGAGCCCGCUCUGUGACUGUCAUGCCCAUCCUAUGAUCUGAGACAGGGCCACUCCAGUUGCUGUACGUUCCAUACUCCACCCUGGGAGCUGUGGGUACCAUCUAGAACUGUCCCCUUGGCUUUAGAGGGCCGUGGCUGUCUGUGUUCUGUGUCUGUUGCAUUGGGGCAUAAUUAGAAACAUGGCUUUUACA